UAAUGCCACGUCCCGACCAGAGACAGAUAUCCAAGGAAGAAGAGGAAGGAGGCAGUUAAUUUGCUUGGGUGGCUGUUAUAUUUGAAUGAAAGUACUUCGGUGAUGUCACGUUCGAUGCUCAUGCGCGAGAAAGGCGGCCCAUCUAUCAACACUGAUCGCGCCGUUCGGCCGCACGGAUCGCCGACGGCAUGUUGUGAAAACAUUGUUAUUUGGCGGCUCUAGGCGAAACAAACCCACCCGUUUUAAUCGUCAAACUCCAGUUCGAUGGAAGAGAAUGGAAGUAAGAGAAUGAGGGGCAGAUCUCGCGGUCGAGCUCGUGGACGUACCCGGGGUCGGACCAGAGGAAGAUCCAAGAAGCCAGUUAAGGUUAUCGAAAGUGAUGAUGAAGACACUCCACAGCAAGCAGAGGACAACUCCGUGGAAACAGUUGGUGGUGAGCAGGACGAACAUGAACCUCCCGUGGCUCAGCAACCCUCUCUCGAGCAACAGUUUGACUUGGAGGCUGAUAUAUCACAGCUGGAAGCACCGACUUUCACGACUAUCAACCGUGGUCCACCUGAGCCGAUGCUGCGUCUGAGAUGGGAUCAUCGAGUGAAUCUUAUAGGAGAGAAAGUAUUGAAUCCUAUGAUACAUUGCUGUGACAAAUGUUUGAAGCCUAUACUCAUCUAUGGCCGCAUGAUACCUUGCAAACAUGUUUUCUGCCUGUCUUGUGCUAAGAGAGAGGACAAAGUCUGUCCUCGUUGCAUGGAGAAGGUAUCUAGAGUGGAGCAAACCGGUCUGGGUACUGUAUUCAUGUGUACACAUGGCGGAACAAGAUACGGAAAUGCUGGAUGCAGGAGGACGUAUCUUAGCCAACGGGAUUUACAGGCUCAUAUUAAUCAUCGACAUAUAUCGGCACCACCCCAACCGGUCCAAGGGAUGCAGGUCGAUCCUCCGCAAUAUGUACACACCAAACCAGAGAUGGAGUCGCAGCUAACAAAGGUGUCCUCCGUUCAGAUGCAGAACACGCGGCUUAAAUCCGUGCAAUCUCACAUGGUUCAACCGAUCAUGGGUAACGAUCCUCGUGUGAAUUCACUGGUGAGUCAGCCAACGUUAGAGCAACAUCGGCAACAGCAUAGGCAGCAGCAACAGCAACAGCAGCAGCAGCAACAGCAACAAGCGAUGAUGUCAAUGCAAAGUUACGCGCAAAGCACUGCGCCGCCACCGCCGCCUUCGAGUAACGCCCCUAUGCGGACCAAUCUCAUCACUGUGCCGAUCCAGGAUACGUCGUCUCUAGCCACGCACGAUCUUCACGCGCAACAGAGUCAUCAUUAUUAUUCGACGCCACCGCCCCCGCCUCCGCCGCCACCACCGCCAGUCAAUUACGGCGGUUAUAAUGUGCCACCACCGGUGUCACAGCCGACACAACAGUACUAUCCACAGCCGCAGCAUCCCACUCAGGUGUCCUAUGUGCCGCCACCGCCGCCGCCGCAGCAGCAACAACAGUACGUAUCGUCGGCACCGACCUCCAUACGACCAUCGCCUACUGGUUAUAUACAGGACCCUCAAUACGGUCCACCACCGUCUCAGCAUUCUCAGCAACAACCGCCACCGCCACCGCAGCCACAAUGGUCACAACAUCAACAGCAGUUUUAUAGAUAAAAAAGACGAGAGUGUCGCUGGCUCAGUGGUAAAGACGUGAAAGACGUGAGUUUGAUUCUCAAUCCUGUCUCAUAUAUAUUUCUAAGUGGAAAAAUAUGUUCCCGUUGAAAUAAGUAAUAGGUUUCAAAAAUAAACUCAAGAUUAUUUGAUUUGAUUUUGUUAAUUCCGUGCUCUUUUAAAGGGAUCUGAUAAUCCCAAUAAAGUGGAAAGAAAAAAGAAAAAAAACAAUUAUAUUUGUAAUAAACGUGCUUUGAACUUUAAUAAUUCCUUUAUGAAGAAAAAUUUGGAAAUUAUAUAGAAAUGUAUGUAAUUUCCUAAUAUAUUUAUAAUGUACAAUGAUUUAGAUAACGGGGUGACUAAUUAAUUGCAGGAACAAUACUUAACACAUUAAUGGAUUAUGUCUCAACUGCAAAGCGAUCCUCGGAAAUCCUUGAAAUCGCUCUUCCACAGCGGGCAUAUAUAUGACAAAGAUAAUAUGUCAACUCUUCAAUCUGAUCUUCGGUAAAGUUGGAUUCGUUGUAGAUGCAUCUGUAUUUUGUAGGCCUGUUUGUAGGCCUACCCUGAAUACUAGCAUGAGAUACAAGAUAAAGAUCAAUGUGCUCUGGAUGGGUAAUAGUCUAAAUAGUCGUGUCGAAAAUUGUACCCGCUUUCACGUUAUAAUUUCUUGUGUCCUCGGUGUCACUCAUAUUGGUGGACUUAGGGAAGUGUCUCUUCUGAACAAUCAAGCAAUUAAUUUCAAUAUUACUGCCGCGAGUGAAUUUAUUAAAAACGAUGACAGCUUUUUUUAAUAGCUCCUAUUUCGUAAUACAUAACUUGUGGAAGUUGCCCCUCGCUGAGUCCGUCUCGAUAAUAAACGAUUCUCUUUGGACAACAUUUUGUAUCCUGCAGAUAGACUCCAAGUUGUGUUAGUAUUAUUUCUUCAAGAUCUAAAAUCAUUUCUUCUUUGGGUUGUUGAAGUCUACGUGCAACAUUAUAUCGGAAAGCUGAUUUAUCUCUAUUUGCAGCAACCGCUGCUAUAGAUGGUGAAUCUUUAGAAUCGGGAGACGGAUGAGUCACGUCGGCGCCAACAAGCACACAAGGAUAUUUUUUGUUCAGACAUGCUGGC